CCCGCAUAGCCUUUCUCUUGGUCGGCACCCGGCUAGUUUUCGCGUCCGCGUUGUUAUCCUGCUUAGCAUCAUCUCCCACCAUGUCAUCCGCAGAAGAUCACAGCAUCAUAGCGUUUAUCGGGCUUGGCGCUAUGGGCAAGCCAAUGGUAGCCAACCUGGCAGCCAAUCUAGUUCGACGAGGCAUUGUCAUACGGGCUUAUGAUAUUGCGGAUGGGCCUGCACAGGAGCUCCAAACUAAUUUUCCAGAUGUCAUUCGGGAAGCAAGCAGUGCGAAAGCAGCUGUGUCGGAUGCUACUGUGGUAUUCACGAUGCUCCCGGAAAGUAGCCACGUGAGAUCCGUCUAUCUUGACCCAGACAGCGGUAUUGCCAGCACCCUGGGUCCAGACAGUGCCAAAAUACUCAUCGACUGCUCAACCAUCGACACCGCAACCUCUUUGCAUGUGAAGUCUGAAGUUUCCAAGAUCGCACCCCGCAGUUUCUUCUACGACUGCCCGGUAUCUGGGGCAGUCAAAGGCACAAUAGCCUUCUUCAUGGGCUGUUCGCCUGCAGACACCAACCUAUCUUGUCUUAAGGACCUGCUACUGAAAAUGGGCAGCCAAGCCAUACCAUGUGGUGGUCCAUCUCUGGGGCUAGCCGCAAAGCUGUCCAACAAUUACCUCUCUGGCAUCAUCACCAUCGCCACUUCAGAAGCCAUGGACAUGGGCAUGCGAGCCGGUAUCGACCGCACGAUACUUGCGUCUGUGUUCGCGUCUGGGACGGCACAGAACCGGCAAUGUGAUGUGUUUAACCCUGUUCCGAAUGUCUGUCCACAGGCACCCUCGUCCAAUGGCUACCGUGGCGGAUUCAGGGUGGAGCUGAUGAAGAAAGACAUGGGACUGGCAAUCGCCAUGGCGCGGCAGGGGGGUGCCAAGAAUGUCCUCGGUGUGUCUGGUUUGGGUGUCUAUACAGCUGCCAGCGCGGCCGAGGACUGCAUGGGCUUGGACUCCAGAGUGGUGUACAGGUAUCUAGGAGGGAAAGAAAGCUCUUGA